CGCUGAGCGAGGGGAGGUGGGCGAGGCCAGCGCGAGAGGGAGGGGGCUGCUCCUCUGCUGCCUCCUUUUGCCUCUGGGAGGGAGAGAGGAAGGCAAAGGCAGGCUGGGCACGGCUGGAAAUCCUGGGCUUCUGAGUGGGCUCUGUUUUUGGAGCAGGAUAUGUAUAUGCAGAGGAAGGUGCAAUGCAGCAGAAGGCUCCUGGUGACUUUUCUUUUGUGAAACCAAGUAACAAUGACAUUGGUGCCUGCAGAGCAUGGGCAAUGUGGCAGCAUCUUACGUGAGUGAAAGAGAGAGAAAAGGAUCAUGUGGCCCACUUUCUCCAGAAUACAAAUUUUGUGCUUGGUUCUAACAGUGCUGGCUAUCCUAGGUUUUGUUCAUAAUUUUUAUCAGGUUGAGAAUACAACAGAUGUAAAGUGGUUGGUGGAAGACGAUUACCAGCAGCCUUCAUCACAGUGGACUAAAAUACCCAGAAAGUUGUAUUGUGGCUAUGAACAGCAAGUUUUGUCCACAAGAGAACGAGAGGAAGAAGAGGCCUUAUUUGCAUCUUUACAAUGGCCCAAACCUCAUGCAGACAAAAUCCCCUUUGUGAGGAGUACAGACCCUUCCCUUAGCAGCUUUGUAAUACUGAACCCCCAUAAGCAGUUCAAAGUUGGAGAUCAGCUGGAGGUACUGGUUCACAUGCGGGAUUAUGAAGGGCUGCCAAAACAGUAUGGUGGAGACUACCUUCAAACAAGAAUCCAUUCUGCUCCUCUGAAAGCUGGGGCCAUUGGAAGAAUUUUAGAUUACCAAAAUGGGACCUACAGGCUUUUUUUCACUUUACUCUGGGCAGGAGAAGUCAUGGUAUCUGUGUCUUUGGUCCACCCAAGCGAAGGGAUCCAAGUCUUGCAACGUUUACGAGAGGAAAAGCCAGACAGAACCUAUUUUAAAAGCCUGUUCAAAUCAGGAAAGAUUUCAGAAGCUACUGAGUGCAAUGUGUGUUUGCCUGGAGAUAUGCCGGUCUGCAACUUUACAGAUCCCUACACCGGGGAGCCAUGGUUUUGCUACAAGCCACGAAAACUCUCCUGUGCCACCAGAAUCAACCAUUACAAAGGGGGAUACCAAAAGGGUCUUUUGACCUCAGAGGAGGGCCGACUUUUCCAAAGUGGUGUGAAUAUCAAAGUGCCAAUAGCCUCUCGUGGACCUGAUACCGUAGUUGUGAGGCCCUCGGGACAUGCAGAGAUGGACAGUCUAGAAAGAUCGCAAAAGCCCGAUGUAUUCCCUUCUGGCUAUUUUUACCAAGAUGAAUGGCAACCAAGAACACAAUGGAUUCGUCAUUUUAACAAGUCAUCAGAGGUUAUUGAAUGUUUGCAGGAUAAACUUAUCCAUUUGUUUGGUGAUUCUACAAUCAGGCAGUGGUUUGAAUAUCUAACAACAUUUGUUCCAGAUCUCGUGGAAUUAAAUCUCGGGAGCGCUAGAAAGAUUGGUCCUUUCAUGGCUGUUGACACAAAGCACAACAUCCUCCUCAAAUUCCGCUGCCAUGGCCCUCCUAUACGUUUUUUCACGGUUUUUAGCAGCGAGCUGCACUACAUUGCCAAUGAACUCAACCGCAUUGUUGGUGGGAAGAAUACCGUGAUAGCCAUAACUAUCUGGUCUCACUUUAGCACUUUCCCAGUAGAAGUGUAUAUCAGGAGACUGAGAAACAUUCGCAGGUCAGUCAUCCGACUUUUGGAUCGGAACCCCAAAACUCAGAUAGUUAUCAAAACUGCCAAUGUCCAGGAGCUUGGGCCGGAGGUGAGCCUUUUCAACAGUGACUGGUAUUCUGUUCAGCUUGACGCAAUCAUGAGGAAAAUGUUCUCAGGAACUGGAGUGCAUUUUGUGGAUGCUUGGGAGAUGUCGUUAGCACAUUAUUUGCCGCACAAACUACACCCAGACGACGUCAUUGUCAAAAACCAAUUGGAUGCUUUCUUGUCUUUUGUGUGCCCACCCGAAACACCCUAUAAUUUCUUAAGGGGGAUACAUAAUCAAAUGUCAAAUCUUUUUCUGUAGUUCGGUGUCAAAUACAUCUUCUGGAGUUGCUGCUUUAUCAUGAGUUACUACUGAUUUUGGUUUCCCCCAACCUGCAUCUAAUCUGCACAGUUUACAGUAAAGCACAUGCAUUCAUAUUUCCAGUGUUUGGGGACCAAGUUUUGAAAUCACUUUUGUUCACAGACAAACCACUUUACAACACAGCUCUAUAUGUAGGUGUCCACAGUUCCACUUGCCACAAUUGUCAUGGUGAAACAAAAUAGUUGUUAUCAGAAGGAAAGGGAGUAGAAAAGUACUGUUUGUUUCUGAAAUCAGAGGGCCCAAAAGCUUUGCUGUCAGGGCAUUUGGGCUGAAGAUACUGCUACUGACUGACUGGUUCAUAACUGUGAAAACAGCAGCCAUCAUGUACUUAACCUUAGAUGAAUAAGACAGCCUGCCUUGUCUUAUGGAGACCUGGUUAGAUAAGACGGAUGAAUGUAUAUGAAUUUCUCACUGCUUCACCCACUCUGUUUGCCAUGCAAUGACCAUUUGAAGUUCUACUCUAGGGGUCCUCAAACUAAGGCCCGGGGCUCGGAUACGGCCCUCCAAGGUCAUUUACCUGGCCCUCAUUCAGGGUCAACCUAAGCAGACAACAGCAGCAAUAAUCCUAUCUCAUCAGCCAAAAGCAGACCCACACUCCCCGCUGAAAUACUAAUAAGUUUAUAUUUCUUAAAACUGUUCUUCAUUUUAAUUAUUGUAUUGUUUUAAGUGUUUUUGCACUACAAAUAAGAUAUGUGCAGUGUGCAUAAGAAUUCAUUCAUGUUUUUUCAAAUUAUAAUCCAGCCCUCCAAUAGUUUGAGGGAUUGUGACCUGGCCCUCCGUUUAAAAAGUUUGUGGACCCCUGUUCUACUCUAUGGGAGUAGUACUGGAAAAGGUGGUGGUGGUGGGGAUUUCAUUGCCACCAUUCUGUGCUCUGAAAGUUUUCCAAUACAGUAUUUUCAGGUGGACAGAGGCUUGUGGUUUCUUGCAGAAGUAUUCAGCUUCUUUUGACUCCUCCCCAUUUUGUUGUGUAAUAACCAGGAUUUAAUUCUCCGUGCUUCUAUAAAACUGAGUUUUGUGGAUUAUCCAGGUGAUAUUUGUCCAGUGGGUGAUUUUUCCCAUUUCACUUGUGGAUCUCUCUAGCUUGGUUGCUUUCCAUUGUUUUCUGUUAGAAGCAAAUUGAGAAUAUACUGCAAGUUGUUUCUGGUGUGGGAGAAUUGGCCAUCUACAGAGACGUUGCCCAGGGGACAUCUGGAUGUGUUACCAUCCUGUUGGAGGCUUCUCUCAUGUCCCCACAUGGGAAGCUGGGGCUGACAGACAGGAUCUCACCCCAUCUCGCAGAUUCAAACUGACGACCUUUAGGUCAGCAGUUCAGCCGGCACAUGAGUUUUACCCAUUGCGCCUCCCUGACUUUCCUGACUAAAGUUCUCCUUACCCAGUCACUGAGUUAGCAUGGACAGUCUUCUCUACAUAGAAUCACAGUAGAGCCAUAUUAUUCUCCAUUUUGUAAUAAUAGAUUUAAUAGUGCUCUGUAGCAUGUUCAUAGCAUGGGACAUAUUUUCAGAACCCAACCCCUACUGGAAAUUCUGCGAAGCUUUCUCCUGGGCUUGUUAUGAUAGUUCCUUGGUUUUUAUGUUCUCCAACAAACUCUGGGUCUUCCAGAAACAAGUAUUUUUCAUGUGAGACCUGUGGAAUUGAAAUUACACACAGAUAUAUUCCAUCUUAGCUAGUUAUGUGAUUUCUGGAGGUAAUGAGUUGGGCCAGAGUGUACUCAGGUGUAUCAGAGCUAAGCAGGGUAAAGAGCUGAAUGGGGUAAACACCUAGGCAACCACCAAGUGCCAGUUGUUCUUGUUUACUGUGCCACAAUAAAAAUAUUUUGUACCUUCA